UUUUAUAAACCCUAAAUUCACCAACCGAAUUCCGAAGGUACUCAUUAUCUCUCUCUAUCCAUUCUAUGCGUAAAACAACUAUCGUUGUUUGUCUUUUUCUCAGUCGUUAUCGUCUCAUUACAUCUCAACUCAAACGUUCUUGUUUGAUAAUCUACCUUUGUUCUGCGAUUCCACCGCAAUAAAGCUGCCCUUCCUUCUAACCAGCCACUGAGAGGAGAGCCCAGAAUUCAAGGGCACGGGUUGGUUAGAGGCUUCAGGCUUCCUGUCUUUGCUGGUAAUGUUCUGUAAAGUGUUACGGGCUUCUUGUUCUCGAGUAAAUGAGAGAGUUCUUGAAGCAGGGAUGAUGUCUUUGGUGGCCCAUCAACUGCAGGGUUCUUGUGCAACAUUUCCCUCGAGGACUUUAUCGUGCAGCAAAGAGGUGAAAUUGAAGCAGUGUGCAGUUGCGAUUCAGAUUGCAGGGAAAAGAGAUGGGUGUUUCUCACUAAAACACAAGUCGCAUACAGGAGUAGAGGCUCCGUGUUCAUGUGGAUCGGAAGUUAAAGCUGUAAGAAUUUUAGCCUUCAAAGGCAAUGCCCGAAAUGGUGAUUCAGGAAGCAGAGCAAAUGGAUCAAGAGUUCCCAAAAAUUAUGCUAAACUUUCUUAUGUGCCAAAGGAGACGGGGGAGAGCAUGGUGGAAUCUCCAAAGGUGCACAAUGCUCGUGUUUCUUAUACUUCUGAAGCAAAUGAGGCACCUGCGGGAUCUCCUGCAAUUCACAAAUUAUUCAAGAAAUGGUUGACAAUGUUGCGGACACAUUCCCCAAGUCAAACAGAGGAUGAAAUUCUGGAAGGAGUUCCUCCAAGUGAAAUAUCACAAAGUCAAAAUGCCCCUCAAAACAAGGGAAGAAGUGAGCUUCUGAAGGCGUCUUGGCAGUACUUUUUGAGACUGGAUGGAACAAUAAAGAUACCUCUGUUGAUAUUCAUCCCAUUUUUGGUGGCUGUUUAUUUGAUACAUGGAGCUGACUUGUUGAAGGAGUUGACUCCUUUGUGGGUUUUGGGUCCCUUGAUCGUUGCUCUCUACAUCAAAAUGUUUCAGGCAUUAUGUGCACUCUAUGUCUUCACAUUUAGGCAGACGGUUAAAGUUAUUAAAAACUUACCCACAUACUCUUCGGUUGCAUAUAGUUAUGUAGCACAGGGAAAGCUCAACGGAUAUGUGCGGGCUCGUUUUUGGGAUCCUUUAGCAAACAUUAAGAAAAACCACAGAGCGCUGUCAAGAAAAAAACUGGAGGAAUUGAAGGAAUGGGUAGUGGAGAUGUACCUGGAUUUUGUGGAAUCCAUAUGGCCCUAUUAUUGUAGAACUAUAAGGUUCCUAAAGAGGGCAAAUCUGAUCUAGAUUUGGAUAUGAUGAAAGUUUUUGGUGAGGCUGAAUGCAAAUACCAAUUUGAGAAGCUUACAAGAGUUUGUGAGUUGAAACCAUUUUAGUUGGGAGCACUGGCACAUUGUCGGGGAAGGAAGACGGGUUCUGAUUUUGUUUAGGUUACUGUAAUUGAAUUUUUGUUGGAGGUGAGAUCCCAAUUGUCUUUUUUUAGAUGCAUUAUUGAGCAUAUGCUCAAAGUGGGAUACUGAAAUCACGUCUUGCAUAAUUAGAAAUGCCAAGAUUUGUCACUUUGUGUCUUGCUAGACCACUGGUGGUUUCGACCAUGAUUUUUUAUUUUUCAACUUCAGGUUGCCAUGAACAAUCCAAGGCCGGUCACAUGAAAGAUUUGUAAAUGUUUGUUGAUUUGUUUGCAUUGCCUGUUUCUCUACACAGACAGUUUGCAAUGUCAACACCCUGAGAAAUUUUGAAGCCAGAGACAAAAAAGGGCUUGAUGA